AUAUAUAUUAUCUAAUGUUUGAUUUUUGUUUUUGUUCCCAAUCUUGGGUGUUUCUUUCUUGGAUAGAUAAACAAUCUGUGGCAUUCAAUUCCGCCAUAAGAGCUGCAGCACAUAUAACAUAUUGCUGAACGGCUGCAGUGCUGCCUCCCUUUUGCUUCUUUCUUCCUCUCCCUUCAACCUUCUUGUUCUUGUUUUCACUUCAAGAAAGCAAGAAUAAGAAAGAGGAGAUCGACGAGCUCAGAAUACUCCUUCCCGGAUUCAAAGGGUUCAUAUGGAGAUCGAUAAAGCAAUCCAAGGAAGUGAUGACAGGAGGCUGAAGACCAAGUACGAUAAUGCCGUUUAUGUGAUUCGAAGAGCCUUGGCUCUCUACUCCACUGAGGAGAUUGCCUUCAGCUUCAAUGGAGGAAAAGAUUCAACUGUUUUGCUGCACUUGCUGAGAGCGGGCUAUUUUUUGCACAAUACUGAGAAGAGUUGUUCUAAUGGAGAAGUGGCAGAUUUUCCAAUUCGAACAAUUUACUUUGAGAGCUCCUCUGCUUUUCCUGAAAUCAACUCAUUUACCUACGACACAGCCAAAAUGUAUGGUCUUAAAGUUGAUGUCAUUCGGACGGAUUUUAAGUCUGGUUUGGAGGCUCUAAUAAAGACAAAUCCAAUCAGAGCUAUUUUUCUUGGUGUUAGAAUUGGUGAUCCUACUGCGGUAGGGCAAGAACAAUUCUCCCCAAGCUCGCCUGGUUGGCCUCCUUUUAUGAGAGUGAAUCCUAUAUUGGAUUGGUCAUACAGAGAUGUGUGGGCGUUCCUACUGACAUGCAAAGUGCCUUACUGUAGUCUUUAUGAUCAAGGAUACACUUCAAUUGGAAGUGUGUAUGAUACAGUUCCAAAUUCACUAUUGUGUGCGAGUAAUCCAAGUGGCGGGGAAAAGUUCCGACCUGCAUAUCUGCUCUCAGAUGGAAGACUAGAAAGGGCUGGGAGACUGAAGAAGUUCUCUUCACAUGCUUGUGUAAAUAACCGUGCUGUUAGUAAUGGAAAUAGCAUUGCAUGUCCGGUGGAUGGUAGCACACUGACAGCCUCAGUUAUCGCUGUUGGGGAUGAGAUUUUAUCCGGCACUGUUGAGGAUCAAUUGCAGCUUCUGCUAUGUAGAAAGCUUCAUUCCAUUGGUUGGCUAGUGUCCCAGAGUUUGGUCGUGCGCAAUGAUAUAGAUUCAGUGGCUGAAGAAGUGGAGCAACGAAUAUCGUCCAAUGAUAUGGUUUUCAUGUAUGGAGGAAUUGGGCCAUUACAUUCUGAUGUAACCUUAGCAGGUGUUGCAAAGGCCUUUGGUGUUCGUUUGGCACCUGAUGAAGAAUUUGAAGAAUAUCUCAGGCAUCUGAUUGGUGAUAAAUGUACUGGCGAUCACAAUGAGAUGGCUCUGUUGCCUGAAGGUAUCACUGAAUUGCUGCACCAUGAAAGGCUCCCUGUGCCUCUGAUAAAGUGCCAAAACGUAAUCAUCCUCACUGCAACAAAUGCUGCUGAGCUGAAUGAACAGUGGGAGUGCUUGAUCGAGCUCACAGAAUCCACUGGACUUCAGCUCAAGGAACCAUUUGUAAUCAAGGAAGUCACAGCAACCACCUCAGAUGUGGAGGCUGCUCAACCUCUGUCUAAGCUUUGCCUUGAAUUUCCUGACAUUUUCAUCGCGUGUCAUCGGAAAUCCCGAUACGGAGCUCUCUUUGUCAGUUUCAAGGGCAAGGACGAGGCUCGUGUCGACUCAGCAAUAGAGGCACUGCGCAAGAAACUCCCUGUGGGGUCGAUGCCUGAGCGGUCGAGUCAGUAACUGCACCCCCAGUUUUAGCUAUAUGCCUGUCAAGCUAGAGGAAGGAAGAGGGGUCGAUAGCUGUGUUAGUUCCUCGUGGCACUGCCUUACUCGUUGCGAUUUCGAUGAGAUGAUGAGAUCAAAAUAGUCAUCGGAGAGUGCAGCAGAUGAAGGGAAUGAAUUGCAGCAUUAAAACUGGGCGAAGCCCAAACCAUUAAGUGCCAAUGUUGAUACAUGGGGCAUCAUCAUUUAUAAACAAUCAUUGACCUGAUCACUUUCUGAUCUCUUUUUUCUACUGAUGUUCGAUAAUCUACUUUGCCUUCCGAUA